AUGACAUCACUUGACGCUUUCGCCAUCAUAAACAUUUCCAUGGCAGGAGCUGUUGCAAUCAGUCACAAUCUUGAUUGUCUGGUCAUUGCUGACAUAUGCUCAACAUUUCUGCAAAAGGUGACGAAACUUCAAAUUGGGUUGAAUCUGUUGCAAAGAUGCAAGACGGCCCUGAUCCUGCUGGUUACUCCACUCGCUUUCAGUCCUUUAGCGUUCUCUCCUGAGUCGGAAUGGCGAUGUGCGUUCUGUGUUGGGGUAAUGGCUGUCUACUGGAUGACUGAAGUGUUGCCGUUGGCCGUGACAGCUAUGCUUCCAGUGAUUUUGUUCCCGCUGACAAAUGUGAUGGAUAGCAAAGAGACCGCACUGCAAUUCAUCAAUGACACGAACUUCUUGUUCAUCGGCGGUUUGAUAAUGGCGGCUGCUGUCGAGAAGUGUGACCUUCACGAACGUGUUGCUUUGUCAGUACUGAAAAUGGUUGGCGGUGAACCAAAAUGGAUCAUGCUGGGCUUCAUGACUGUCACGGCUUUAUUAAGCAUGUUCAUUUCAAAUACGGCCACCACUGCGAUGAUGGUACCGAUUGGCCAAUCGGUAAUCGGUCAACUUGUGGCGUCGUACAACGCUCAUCCGGAAAAUGGUGUUCGCGAUCGAGCAGCGUGUAAGCGGAUGUCAACAGGAUUGAUGCUGUGCAUCUGCAUAGCGGCAAACAUUGGAGGUACUGGGACGAUCACUGGAACGCCAAGUAACCUGGUCAUGAUCGGAUCUUUGAACCAGUGA